CCUUGGGACAACCUUGAACUUAGGGUUUAACUUUCACUGAUCCUGGUUCUGGUCUCACUCGUUCUCUGGAUAUGAUCCUGCUGUGGCCCUUGCUCCUGUCGUCCCUUGUGAACGGGCAUGGCCCGUGCUCUGGCGAAGGUAAGGACGUAGGAUCCCACCUUGUAAAACAGCUGUAUGAUGAGAUACAUCAGGGAGAAUGUGACUUGGCCCACCAGACCCACUACGACAGCUAUGUCCCGGGCAAGGGAGAAGCCUUCGACUUCAUCGUAGUCGGUGGAGGGUCCUCAGGUUCCGUGGUGGCGAGUCGUCUAGCCGAGAAUCCUCACUGGAACAUCCUACUGGUGGAGGCGGGCGGAGACCCCACCAUGACCUCUGAGAUACCAGGACUCUUCGGCGCCUCCCAGGACACCGAGAUCGACUGGCAGUUCAAGACACACCCUCAGGACGGCAUGUUCCAAGGUUUGGCAGACAAGAGGAGUGCGAUAUCACGUGGAAAGGUCUUGGGUGGUUCAAACACUCUGCAGUACUACGACUACGUCAGAGGGAGUCCGAAGGACUAUGACCAUUGGAAGGAGGAAGGAAAUGAAGGAUGGGGCUACCACGACGUUCUUCCUUACUUUAAAAGGUCUGAAGGAAUCAGAGCCAAAGAAAUCGUUAGUGAUCCUAAAGUAGCGAAGUAUCACGGUAAGGACGGUCCACUGACUGUAGAAUCUAUCAGAGACGACGGUCUGUCGACCUUAGAAGCAGCUUUGUCUAAAGCCAUGGACGAGCUGGGUUAUCACACUCACACCGAUGUGAACGCUGACGCUCACGAUGGGUUGUUUGUGAUUCAAGGCACUCUUCGUCACAAGAGAAGAUGCAGCGCUGCCAAAGCGUUUCUUUCAGAGAAAAAACCUAAUCUCAAAAUUGCAAAGCAUACUUUGGUUACUCAAAUAUUGAUUCAAAACCGGAAUAAAUCAGCUUAUGGUGUGGAACUUCUUCGACACGAUGGAGAGCAUAUUCGAGUAAGAGCCAACAGGGAAGUUAUAUUGGCUGCUGGAGCUAUAAACACACCGAAACUACUUCUUCUUUCAGGUAUUGGAGAGCAAGAAGCCUUACAGAAACAUGUUAUCGAGCCCAUUUGUCUUUUAGAAGUCGGUAAGAAUCUUCAAAACCAUAUCCAAUACCCUGGAAUUUUCUACUCUUUUCCACACGCCCAUGACGAAGAUCCUCAUAUGACGAAGAACCUGGUUGAGUACCUAACACACUUCACAGGACCGCUCUCCCACUCCGGCCCGGUUAGAACUAUUGGAUUCAUAAACGCCGACAAAGACGACUGGCCCGACAUCGCGCUCCUACCUGCCUUUUUCGGAAGGAACUCUUCUGCAAUCCACGGGUUUUUAAACUCAAGAAGAAUCAUCCCAGAAAUUCAAGAGUAUUACUUAAAAGUCAACUCUCACUCCCCGGUUCUAAUCAUCACAGCAGCUCUCCUUCGUCCGAAAGGCCGAGGUAAAGUUGAACUUCACAGUGCUCACCCGAAAGAUGACGUUGAAAUCCUUCCGAACAUCCUGAACCAUGAGGAGGACGUUGAAAAGCUCUUGAACGGUAUCGCGUUUGCAGCUAAGCUCUCAGAGACUAAAGGAAUGACAGAUCUGGGUGCUAAGCUACACUACGCGGACAUUCCUGCGUGUCAUGACCACAAACCUCCGACUCCCGAGUACCUCGUGUGUGCCUUGAAGCACAUCGCUCUCACUUCUCAUCAUCCCAGCGGAACCUGCAAGAUGGGACCGGAGUCUGACGAUCACGCUGUGGUCAGUCCAAGGCUGAAGGUUUACGGACUCAAACAUCUCCGAGUGGCUGACAUGAGUAUCGCUCCCAACGGUAUCUCAGGGAACACCAACAUCGCUGCCAUCAUGAUCGGGGAGAAAGCGGCAGACAUGAUCAAGGAGGACUGGGAACAUCAUGAUGAUAUCAAUCAUCACAGAACUGUCAAUGAUCACCAUCUCCCGCCCUUCCCGCACUGAGCUGUGAUAACUAGUGAUAAGCCGUGUUUGGUUCUAGAGAUUAAAAGUAAUUUAAGUAUUUACCAUUUAUCUUGACAGUUGACAUUAUGCUUAGGCUAGUACUGUAGAAAAGUAGAGGUUUAUACGUGUUUUACUUUGCAACAUAAACUACUGUUAAAUCUUUGUUGGGUCUUAUUGCUUAUUGCAUAUGCUAUAAUUGGCUCUGUUGUAUAAAUUAUGUUCUUACAAAACAACAUGAAGACUAUCAGUAUUUUACGAACACAUUUUGACUGGGUAAAUGUAAAUUAUGAUUAACCAUUUUAAUUUGUUUAACUUUAGACAAUCAGGGUUCUUUGUUUACAUAAAUAAAAAAAUAAAAAAACUCUAAAACACGUAAAUUAUAUAACUGUUUUCUUUAUGCUUACCCGUAAAAUAAACGGGGAAAGUGCCUUUGACAAAGUCUUCCUUUUGGUUUAUUUGCAGGUUAUAAAGCUAUUUUACAUUGCCAUAAGGCUUCUCUUAUAAUACUGCAGAGCCACGAAUGUUGUUCAGUUCCUUCAAGCGUUUAUGUGAACCGCAGUUUAAAAACUAAUUAAUCUUUUGAUCAUAAUUACACGAAAAAAAAACAUUAUGGGAAGUUUUGUAUUAUUUAUGAUGUGUAAAAUUGUGAAUAAUUUUACUUUUACUUUUGUAUAAAUAUAAAGUACACAAAAUGUGA